CCGUGACGCGAACCAAACCAGACCCAACCUUCCAAGUCUCCAACCCACAGAACGACACCUCGCUCUCCUCCCACUCCACGCCACAGAUCUCUCCCUCUCCGCCCCCUUCCCCUAGCUCUGCACGCCAUGGCCGAGGACGCCCCCAACGCCGGCGCUGAGGACAUCCACCCCGCGCCUACCGAAGCCUCCGCCGACGCCGCUACACCUCCGGCGUCGGCAGAGAAGUCCUCGUCGGAGACGCUGCUCCCGUCGCUCAGCAUCUGGCCGCCGUCGCAGCGCACGCGCGACGCCGUAGUGCGGCGCGUCGUGCAGACCCUGUCCGCGCCCAGCGUCCUCUCCCAGCGCUACGGCGCCAUCCCUGAGCCCGAGGCCGAGGGCGCCGCAGCCGCCGUCGAGGCCGAGGCCUUCGCCGCCGCCUCGGAGUCCGCCGCCGCCUCCCCCACCUCCCUGGAGGACGGGAUCGAGGUCCUCCAGGCCUACUCCAAGGAGGUCAGCCGCCGCCUCCUCGAGCUCGCCAAGUCGCGCGCCGCUGCCGCCGCCGCAACAGAGACCCCCGCGGAACCGAGCGCUGAAGAGUCGGAGGGUUCGUCGGUGACUGCUCCGCCCCCAACGGAGGAGUAAGGGGUUAGGCAUUUGCAGAAUUAGUCUAUCUGAACUAUAGACUCACUUCUCAGAUCAGUGACAGCCUCUCCACCGGAGCUGGGCCGUUGAAGCGAUAAGAGCCAGGAAAGAAAAAAGAAUGAACAAAAAAGAUGUCUCUUUGCUCUUCAGACAGUAAGUCUGAAAGCAAGUUAGUUGUAAAAACACAGUACUACAAAUGAUCAUGUUAAGCCAUUGUUAUCAUGUUUGCUCCACUCUUAGUUGGUUAUAUCAUGCUCGAACGGCCUACCACAUUACACCUCUAUAGCUACGCCUAGUCGAGUAGUCGUGCUUCUUUGUGGCCUUUCUUGUGAUGUGAUCCAUUCUUGUUAUAGAUAUUUUAGGAACUAAUUAAAUUAGUUUGUUCAAUGGAGUUUCUCUAUAUUUCGGUUA